AUGGCCCUCCAUACCUGUAUCCUGGCCCUCCACACCCGUAUCCUGGCCCUCCACACCCGUAUCCUGGACCUCCACACCUGUAUCCCGGCCCUCCACACCUGUGGUAUCCUAGGCCCUCCACACACUCCGUAUCCUGGCCCUCCACUCCUGCAGUAUCCUGGCCCUCCACACCUGUAUCAUGGCCCCCACAUCUGUAUCCCGGCCCUCCACAUUCGUAUCCCGGCCCUCCACACCCGUAUCCUGUCCCUCAUUAACUGUAUCAUGGCCCUCCACACCUGUAUCCUGGCCCUCCACACCCGCAUCCCGGCCCUCCACACCCGCACAUCCUGGCCCUCCACACCUGCAUCCUGGCCCUCCACACCUGUAUCCUGGCCAUCCAUUACCUGUAUUCCUGGCCAUCCAUACCUGUAUCCUGGCCCCUCCACCACCUGGUAUCCCAGCCUUCCACACACCUGUAUCCUGGCCUUCCACACCUGUAUCCCAUACCUCCACACCUGUAAUAUCCUGGCUCUCCACACCCGUAUCCCAGCCUCCAAGCACACCUGUAUCCUGGCUUUCCACACCUGUAUCCUGCAAGGGCCCUCCACACCUGUAUCCUGGCCCUCCACACCUGUAUCUUGGCCCUUUACACCUGUAUCCCGGCCCUCCACACUCCAGUAUCCCGGCCCUCCACACUCCCAUCCUGGGCCCCUCCACACUCAGAGUCCUGCCAUCCACACCUGCAUCCUGGCCCUCCACACCUGUAUCCUGGGCCCUCCAUACCUGUGUCCUAUCCCUUCACACCCGUGA